AUGGGCUGGAAUCCUUGGUCUUCCGGCGACUCAAACAAGAACGCAGCCUCCGACGGCGGCCGCAUUGCCCCAGACCGAACGAGUCCGCGCGCUGCUGGGAGGGUCGCGAUUCAUUCUUCGCCUAACGAUAUUCUAGACGGCAUUAAAGAUGAUAAGAAGGCGCGACAGAAGUGCGCCAAGGAGGUCGCGGAGUUUGAGGCGGCAUGUUCACAAAGCUGGGUGAAAUACUUCAAGGAAAAGCGUGUGAUGGAGUUCAACCGGGACAAGACGAUUGAGCGCAUUCAAAAGGAGGAUGCGGCAAAGGUGAAGGAGUUGAAGGAGAAAGGCUGGAAUUCGAAAUAAGAAGCUAGGGGGACUUUGUCGGCGGCUUUUGUACAAUAUGUAGCAUAUCCUCUCUUAUCACGUACCUUGAUGAUCAC